CAUUCUCAGGUGGUUUUUUGGGGGGUUAGUAUUAGCAGGAAAAAAAAAAUUUAGAGUUAGAUUGCUUUGGAAGGUUCUAGAAAAGUUCCGGAUCCAGUGGGGUGCCGCACACUCCUGCUGUCUCUCGCGGUGAUGGCGAUCCGCAGGAGGUCGUCGACCGCCGCGGCCGCCGUGGCUGCCGUGGUGGCGCUCGCGUCCGUGGCCGCUGUCGCCGGCGAGGUCUUCUUCCAGGAGAAGUUUGACGAUGGAUGGGAGGAUCGGUGGGUCAAGUCUGAGUGGAAGAAGGAGGACAACACGGCCGGCGAGUGGAACCACACCUCCGGCAAGUGGAACGGCGACGCCGACAACAAGGGUAUCCAGACCUCAGAAGACUACAGAUUCUAUGCCAUUUCGGCCAAGUUCCCUGAGUUCAGCAACAAGGACAAGACCCUCGUGCUGCAGUUCUCGGUGAAGCACGAACAGAAGCUCGACUGCGGUGGCGGCUACGUGAAAUUGCUCGGCGGUGACGUUGACCAGAAGAAGUUUGGUGGCGAUACGCCGUACAGCAUCAUGUUUGGACCAGAUAUCUGCGGGUAUGCCACCAAGAAGGUUCACGCUAUCCUUACAAAGAAUGGGAAGAACCAUCUGAUCAAGAAGGACGUAGCAUGCGAGACUGAUCAGCUGACGCACGUGUACACCUUGAUCAUCCGUCCUGACGCCAAAUACAGCAUUCUGAUUGAUAACACUGAGAAGCAAUCUGGCAGCAUCUAUGAUGACUGGGAUAUUCUUCCUCCAAAGAAAAAGAGGGAUCCUGAAGCCAAGAAGCCAGAAGACUGGGAUGACAAGGAAUACAUUCCUGAUCCUGAGCACAAGAAGCCAGAGGGCUAUGAUGAUAUCCCCAAUGAAAUUACUGACCCAGACGCAACAAAGCCUGAAGACUGGGAUGAUGAGGAAGAUGGAGAAUGGACAGCUCCAACCAUUCCAAACCCUGAGUAUAAGGGACCAUGGAAGCAAAAGACAAUUAAGAACCCCAACUACAAGGGCAAAUGGAAGGCACCAUUGAUCCCCAACCCAGAUUACAAGGAUGAUCCUUACAUCUACGCUUUUGACAGUUUGAACCAUAUUGGCAUUGAGCUGUGGCAGGUUAAAUCUGGAACGCUGUUUGACAACAUUCUUAUCACUGAUGACCCUGAGUAUGCCAAGAAAUUCGCAGAAGAGACAUGGGCCAAGCAUAAAGAUGCUGAGAAAGCCGCCUUUGACGAGGCUGAGAAGAAGAGGCUUGAGGAGGAAUCUGCAAACUCUAAAAUCGACGACGACGAUGGCAACGCUAGUGACGAUGAGGAUGAUGCGGACAAUGACAAGGCUGAGCUCAUUGCUGAGCAGAACAAGGACUCGAGCGAUGAGAAACCGCAGGACAUAAAGGUCUCUGCUGAUGAGAAGCCAGAGAGCAGCAAGGGUGAUUCUUACGCUGAGAAGAAGGACGAGCUUUAGAGACAUGAUCUACUAGUAUAUGAUGAAGGGGCAGCAGAAGCAGUAAGCUUCCAUUUUUCUUUUCAGUUCUUGUGUUCGGUCAGAGUGAUUAGAGGAAGUCAAUCAGGCCAUGCAAGUUUAGCACUAGAAGAGUCAAAAGACACUCCCAAGAGGAAAAGGAGUAACACAAUCUUUUUCAUCUGAUAAAUGGUAUAGCCAGAAAUCGUUAUAUUGAGCA